AUGAGGACUGAAAGAGGACGAGAGCGCGUAGAACACGCGCCACCCGUCUCUUACGGCACCUCUGGCUAUUUUUUGGGCUUUAUUGAAACUACUGUUGUACCGACGACAACUUUAACAGGAGACUCCACUGAUGAUGAUUUUUUGGGCUUUAUUGAUACUACUGUUGUACCGACGACAACUUUAACAGGAGACUCCACUGAUGAUGAUUUUUUGGGCUUUAUUGAUACUACUGUUGUACCGACGACAACUUUAACAGGAGACUCCACUGAUGAUGAUUUUUUGGGCUUUAUUGAUACUACUGUUGUACCGACGACAACUUUAACAGGAGACUCCACUGAUGAUGAUUUUUUGGGCUUUAUUGAUACUACUGUUGUACCGACGACAACUUUAACAGGAGACUCCACUGAUGAUGAUUUUUUGGGCUUUAUUGAUACUACUGUUGUACCGACGACAACUUUAACAGGAGACUCCACUGAUGAUGAUUUUUUGGGCUUUAUUGAUACUACUGUUGUACCGACGACAACUUUAACAGGAGACUCCACUGAUGAUGAUUUUUUGGGCUUUAUUGAUACUACUGUUGUACCGACGACAACUUUAACAGGAGACUCCACAGACGAUGAUUUUUUGGGCUUUAUUGAUACUACUGUUGUACCGACGACAACUUUAAUAGGAGACUCCACUGAGGAUGAUUUUUUGGGCUUUAUUGAUACUACUGUUGUACCGACGACAACUUUAAUAGGAGACUCCACUGAGGAUGAUUUUUCAGGCUUUAUUGAUACUACUGUUGUACCGACGACAAUGUCAAUAGGAGACUCCACUGACAAUGCUGGAAGAGAUCCCUGUUCUGAGCUCAACUGUACUGAAGAUGAAUGGUGUGGAGAGAUGAACAGUGUUUACGGCUGUUUCUGCAAUGACAACCAAACCAGAUCUGAUCCUGACUCUUUUGAUUUCUUUGAAACCUGUGAGAGCAGUACAGGAUCUAUAUCUAUAUCUCGCUGUCAGCUCUUUGAAGCUGGUUUUUCAGCUCAUGGCCUGCACCUAAAUGAUCCCAGAUGCAGAGGAAUCAUCCAGAAUGGCCGAGUGGAGUUUAGUUUUGAUAACAAUGAACACACCUGUGGUACAAAUCUUAUGGCCAAUGGCACUCAUAUCAUCUAUAAGAACUUUAUUUGGGGAGCACCAGAGUCAUCUGAAAGUCUCAUCAGCAGAGAAAGAAUUUUGCAGAUAUCUUUCAGCUGUGUUUACCCACAAACCCAAACACUUUCUAUGAUUGAAAUGAACCCACUGGAGAGCGUUGUGCACAAGAAUCUUGUUGGUCAAGGGAUGUAUCAGGUCCGAAUGAUCCCAUAUAAGGAUGUUGGGUUCUCUCAGCCCUUCAAUGGUAGUGUUGAUGCAGAACUCAACCAGAAGAUUUUUGUUGAGGUUCGUGUUGAUGGGGUUGACAGUCGACAGUUGGUGACAGUGAUUGACACAUGUUGGGCUACACCUGUGAAUGAUCCAGAUUACAGUCUGCGCUGGGAUCUCAUCACUAAAGAGUGUCCAAAUCCACAUGAUAACACAGUGAAGCUUCUUCAGAAUGGUGUCUCAACAUCCAGCCGUUUCUCCUUCAAGAUGUUCAUCUUCAACUCAAACUCCACUAAAGUUUACCUGCACUGUGCUGUUCAUCUUUGUAUUCUGGCCAACAAUCACUGCUCAGCGCACUGUGGCUCUGGAUAUCACCAGAGGGUCGGCAGGUCUCUGGACUUCCAUGACAGUUCUUCUAUAUCCAUGGGUCCUUUCGUCUGGUCUGAUGGAAAUGCAGACAAAUGGGCUCCAGAAUCAGUGCACGUGUCCGGAGCUCCAGGUCUGUGUGGUAGUUUGAUGAUACUGCUGGUGUCACUCAUGAGUGCCUGCAUCAUCUUCUAGGACAUCUCCACAAUGCACAAUUUUUAAUCUUAAACGUUUCUAUACCUUAACGUUUGCUAACACACCAAUGAAGGAUUAGGACUGUACUUGUUUUGAUGAAUAUUUUGAGAUUAUUCUGCCUGUAAUAAGAUUUAGUGUGAUUGUCGAUUUUCUUUUUUUAAUAGUCUCUUAUUUAAAAUACUUUAUUGUGUAAAAAAACAUUGUACAAAUAAAGUUCAAACCAAGCAUCUGAAUAUGUAAGAAAUUGAUUUGAUUGACUUUGAAUGUGGCAUAUUUUUUGGUGCAGUAGAGUACAUGUAAAACUACAUGUCUGAGUAUUUGAAACUACUGGUUUAGCAGAGGCAUUGUAGACUGCUUAAUUCGGGAGUUGUGUUCCAACAAUGUCUU